CCCAACUUCAACUGCCAACUGCUUCACAGGUGUCUGCCUCUCCGCUCAUUACGGCUCACACCUUGGCUUUUACUGCUCUUCCGGCGAGACAAAUUGCUACCGAGGGCUACUGCCGUGCCAGAGUACUGUGGGGUGGGAGUUGCGAAGUGUUGGUCACCCAAGAGGUGAUGAUUUUUUAUUAAAAUGUAUGCUGAUAGUCUCGUUGAAAACAAUGAUUGUGACCAGUCAAUAAUUACUGGGCUGGGCUGUAACCCUAAUUUAAUCGAUAAUGAUGGCAUCCUUGACAUUACUGCGCCUCAGGCCACAUCUACGGUGGGGAACAAGAAGACAAGGAAAGAUUUGGCAAGACAGUAUCUUAAUACACUGGAAGAGGCAAGUGAGAGGGAAUCAGAUGGAUUACAGCAGAUUAAGAUAGCUGGUACUGUUGGUACGACGAUGAUGACUUCCGAUCUGUUGAAUGUGCAUCCUCAGAAGGCUGUUGAUGGUAAAUUGACAGCUACAGAAAGACAGUCUUCGAGCUCACAUGAAGAACUGUCCAAAACGAGAGAAUCUUCUGACCUUUGGCGUAUGAUGGAUGUGCCCUUAAUCAGAGUUGAAAGAUUGAGUGAUUUGUCAUCAAGCAGAUUUUUAGUUGACCAUACUAACCUCUCAACUGGGGAACUAACAAGAGCACCAUCUGCAUGGGGCCAUCUGAGCCCACAUGAGGCUAGAGAACCAGUUACUACAGGCAUGCUGAAUGUGAAAGGUACUUCACCUGCCGUUAUUCAAACAGAUUUUAUAACAGAUUUCUUAGACCGCGAUGACUCAGAUCUUAGUGAAGGAGAAAUUGAAGACUUUAUUCCAGCUGGAUUGGAUGGGAAAUAUCUUGAGCAAAGUGUAGAGGUUGUGAGGAGUCAUGAUGAAGAGCCGUCUUAUGCACACUCAACACUCUUACAAGCUAGUAGGUUAAUUGAAGGCUGGCAGACUAGUGCAACAGCAAGUGAGGUUGAGGGACGGGUAGGUGGCCUGCCUUCGGCUCUUCUCCAACCUCAGCAUUCACUGCUAGAAACGCAACACGCCAGAAGAGGGUCAUCCUUCAAUUGGGAUAAUAGUAAUUUGCAGUCUGUGACAUAUGGAGGCUUUAAUGAAGAGAGUUUUGUUAAUAGUAAGGUUCAAUUUGAUGUACGUCAAAUUUCGGCCAAUUCAACAGCUUUACGUAGUGGUUUGGAAGAAUCUAAACUCUUGUCUACGUCAUGUAAUUCGCUGGGGUCUAUUGGUACAGAUGUGAAGGAUGCCAAUGAGAAUGAUGUACAUAAUGAGUCAAGUGAAGAGGCACAUUAUGAGUGGUUUCAAGAUCACCAGAAUGACCUGGCUAGCAUACUUGAUGGAGAGUCAUUCCAUGACCCUAAUCUAGAUUUCUUUGAGGAAGAAGAAAAGGAAACUCAUAAAGAAUACAAGUUUCUUGAAGCAGAAAACUACAAUGAUAAACUUGACUAUUCAUGCUUCUCUGGCAUUUAUGGACAAGCAGAAAUUACAGUAAGGCCUUCUUGGAUUUCAAGUACAGAACAAAACUUGGUUGGUCCAGGGAACAAGAUGCGGAUAGAUGAUUAUUUAAAGUCACGGAGUGAAGCUUUAGGGUCCCUGGAAAACACAAAGAAUGGAGAACGGCCAUGUUUUGGAACAGCUGUUCAUUCUCCCCCAAUGGCAGGGAACCCUGUACAACUCGUAGAUGUGUCGGCUGAGGACAGUAGUGUGUCACAGUUUUGUCCUCAACCAGAUGCAGAUGAGGAGCAAAAAACAAUGACAGUUGACUCUAACGAUACCCAACGAUUAUCUGAAAGUUCCGAUUCAGACAGUUGUUGUGCCCCCGAGCUUGAUGAUGGUUCACCAGAGGAAGCACUUCCACCAAACUCACAGAAAAAAAAUAAUUUGAGUGCUCCUAGUUCCGUUAAAUUAGGCCACCCUAAAGAUAUUAGCAAAGUUGCUAAUAUUAAGCCUUCUAAGGAUCUGAUGGGAUCAUACCUCAGUGAGCCUCUGUUUAAAAUACCAGAAAAACCUGCCCAAAAGAAGGAUAAUGUUGGGAAAUUACCACUUUCGGAGAAAUCUCAAAAUUUUGAAGAAACUUUGAAUAACAUUAAUGAUUUUCCAAGUGCAGAGAUGAUCAGUUCCUUAAUGUCAGAUGCACUUGCGAGUCAAAAUCCUCAAGAAUUAAUUGACAGAAUUAUAAUGAUGACACAGCAGAAGUCAGCCAUGCAUAAAACUUUAGAUGAAACUGACCUUGAUAUGAGUAAAGAUGUCCUUGAGUUAAGGAGGCAGAGAGAGGCAAUGCAAUCAAAGCCACAAGCAAAAACUGUCCAAAAAGCUGACGGAGCUUCACUUGGCAAAGAGAACAUUGGGAAGGAGAUAACCCAAAAACUUGGAAAGAAUUUGGACAAAAAAGCAUCACAGCUGCCACCGAGUGGUAGCACACUAAAACCAAGUGUUGGUGUAUCACACAAACACAUGGAGAGACUGAAAGUAAGCAAGGGUAACUCAGCCCCUGGAGAAGCAACACAAUCUCUUAAAACAAAUUUUAAUAGCAAUUACGCUAGUGAAAACACUACCAUUGAUGAGUCUAUUCAAAUGGCUCGGUAUAAAUCCACAAUUCUAGAGGAAACGCACAAAUUGCACCUGCCUAGUUUUCACGAUGAUAAUAGCAAUGGAAUUGAUUCAUCAACACCAUGUGUUGCCUGGACUAAAUCAAGAUCUAAAAUAUCUCCAAGUAGCUCACUUCGUUCCAGAUCUGAGGGCGAGACAGUCGUUGAGAACUAUAGAUUAGGAACCGAUUUAAUAAAUCCAAGAACAUCAUCUGAAAGCUCUGCCAAGGGCCCAGUGGCCUUAAGCCAGAAUAAAGAUGCACCACAAUUUAGUCUUGGGCCAUUAAGGACCACAGUUAAGAAAAGUUCAUUAGGAAUUCAAGAACCGUCGAGUAGUCACACUUCUGAAAGUGUUGCGAUUUCAGUACCUUCGGCGACAAGUAGAAGGGAUUUGCCGCCUAAUACAGUUGCUGCGACUGCAGUACGAUCUACAAGUUUUCCUGCAGGGCUGCAGUCGAUAGGUAUGGCAGGUGGUACUCCAGUGACAUUAACUCAGGCUACUAAUUACAAUCAAGAAACAAGGAAGUACCACUCUCAAGAGAAUGUAACUCAACAAACAGCUGCAGGUGAAUUGAAUCUUCCCCAGCGAGUAGUCUUCCCCAAUGUUUGUGUGAUUGGAAUUGCUUCAGAUGUGCGUAUCAGUUUCCACAAUCCAUCGCCACGCUGGGUCCAGGUGUCCCUCAAACUGGUGCAGGAAACUAUUGAUAGCUGCCCUACUACUGUUUCAGCAUUGUUAUUUAAGCCAUCUUAUUUUGUGGAACCACGAAAUAGAUGUGAAAUCAAGCUGGGUGUUUGCUCCCAGUUUAAAGGGCUCUUGGAGGCUAUCUUUGAAGUUAGAGUGUCAGAUCUUGCCAAGGGUUCUGGCACAUAUGCAGCUGCUUCACAAAUCUCUCUUCACACAAUUAUUGUCUCUGCUAAUAUUAAUGAGCCAAAUGUUGAGCUGACGUGUGACGGAGAAGAUGAGCUGGACUUUGGGGUGGUACCAGAAGGCUGCAAUGUGUCCAAGAAAGUAACUCUCAUUAACCAUUCUCCCCAGCCUCUUCCAGUAAUAUUGCAUCUGCAACAGGUAGCAGUAACUUCCCCAAUAUUUUUCUGGGAUGCCAGAAAAAUUGAUUUUGCAAAAGUUAUUUCGUCUACUCGUUUGUCACUGGAACUUCCAGCCGCCGGGGCAGAGUCUGGUCCAGUUCCACAGACAAUGGAUGUUUCCCUUAAAGCUCCACAUCUUGAUAAUGUUAAAGUUGGUGAGGCUGGUGUGGUGGGAGUGAGAAGUCAGAUACAGGUGGAGCUGGACACUCCCAACCAUUCAACUAUAAUUAUUGCAAGUUUUCCAGUAAAGGCUCACAUUGGUGCAGUUCGUCUUCAGUCUUUACGCACUGCAGAGUCUUUCACUUUGGAGACAAUGUCCAAUGAAACUUGUACAACUACUCUUGCUCUUAAAAACUCGUCUACAUUUGCCCUUCGAAUCUCUCUCAAGUCAAAGGAGUAUGAAGAUAUAUUUAAGGUUCAUCCUAAUAACAUAGUGAUUCAGGCGCAUUCACAAGCCGCUCCAGAGCUUGUGUUUGCACCAAGAGGACAAGCUGGCAAAAUGAAAAGUGUUGUGUUGAUGCGCGUUGAACCAGAAGGAAUGGAAUUUGAAUUGCCAAUAGUGGGCAUAUCUAAUGCGCUUCCGUCUCCAGCAGUCGUUCCUGAAAAACUUUCCGUGGCAGGUGUUCACGAAAAUCUACCAAAAUCAAACCACUCCUCAGUAGCUGUAGCAAAGUCAAGUGGUGCCACAAUGGUGGUAACAAAAUCAAACAGUGUCCCAUUGUCACAAGUGGCUGAAAAGGACUUGGCCACGGCCCUUGAAAGUACCAAAUCACGCCUUGUAUUUGGCACUGUGAGCAUUGGAGAAACAAGCUCGCGAAAGUUAGUGAUGCGGAACAACUGCACUACCCAAGCACUCACGCUAACGUUUGGGUUCAUUGGUAACCGAUCCUAUAAGGUUGGUGAAUUUGGCAGCAAAGAAGGCCGUAGUAGGAUGGAAGUAAUUCUCAAUCCAUGCCAAGAACUGGCCCUCUCUGUUUUCAUGUGCCCCACAGAAGUUGCUCCAUUAAGUGCAACACUUUUGUGCAAAUAUUAUGGCGGUACGGGCAACAUCUUAAAGUGCAAGAUACCAUUGCAAGGGUAUGGAGGAACUAGCGAGUUGGAAAUACCUGAUGCCUGUGAUGGGAAACCUCUCAUUCUUCAAGACUUGGCACCAGGCGUACCAUCUCUACUCAAGACUGCAUUUAUUAAUAAAGGAGACAGAAACAUGUUUAUAAAGCUUCAAGUGUUUACAGAUGAUCAGUGUUCAGAGUUGAUGGCUUCACGUGAGAUCUCGAUACAACCCCCAGAAUUUAUUUUGGCACCCAAAGAAAGUCGGGGAGUAUUUAUUUAUGCCAAUGGCACUGCAAAUAUCUUGGCCAAAACACCAGGCUGUUUGGGAGUGUUGGAGGUCAUUUCAGGGGAUGAAAUCUUGCGACGACGUUUCAGAAGACUUAAAAACAAGGAAGUGAAAAUUCGCCGUGUCAAUGAUCCUACGCUACUGAAGAUCCACUGGGAUACAGAUUACACUGGGAAAAAGGAGUUAAACGAUGAAGAUGACUGUCUCCCUCCUCAACCUGAAGAUUCUACCAUCUUCUUCAAUUCAUGUUCUAAGACCCAGAUUCAGUUGUAUGGAGAAAGUCGAGAACGUGAAGAGGCAUCAAGCACUGUAUUUGCAUGUUUAGAUGCUGAUGACACCUUAAGCUCCGUGGCAGAUAUGACUGUUACUCAUAGCAGACUAAUGGAAGUUGAUGGGCAAACAGUUCGUGGAUGUACUAUCCCUCCUGCUCCCAAGUCCAGUACUGUUUUGCAAGCAACUGCCAAUACAGAGGCGGGGAAAAACUUUUCUUGGGAUGUUUUCCCCCAAACAUUAUCCGUUGUAGCAUCUGAUGUAUCUACGAAUGUAUUUUUUGUUGUCAAUCUGAGCAAUGUGCAACAGAUGUUUGAGGCCACGUCAAACUGUAGGUGGCUGGACAUUGACCCUCGGGAAGCCAUACUGCCGUGUCAGAGCUCGGUCAAAGUACUUGUUAAAAUUAUACCAUCUCUUAUGCCUCAACCACUCACUAAACCUGUGACGCAAACACUCAAGAUCAUGUGUGAAAAUGAGAGUCGGUGUGCAAGCAUUACCGUCCUGCCUGCUGAAGAUGACGGCAGCAGUGAUACACAGCCUGUGACCGUGGCAGCACAACAUGGCUCAGCACUGCGCACACUGCCAUCUAGGGUGCCAUUCCCAGAUAAAAUGAAGUAUAUUGAUCUUCAAGCUACUGAGCUUAGAAUGCCCGCCAUAAAAUAUCCCAGCACAUCAGCAACAAACAGUGAGAGAACAAGAGCGAGCAGUAACGUCACCAGCACGGUUGGGAGCCAGGGUAGUGAGCGUGACCUGCGGCACAUGGAUAACACUGAGAGUCUAGUCCAGGUGGUGUCGGAUACUAUUACUUUCCCAGAUACACCAGUAAUGAGAGAAAAUCAUAUGAAAGUGAAGCUGAGGAAUUUGGACGGUGUUCUUCAUGUUGUCACGGCAGGUGUUAUUAAAGGGCCCUUUGCAGUCCGUCACACUCAGUUCAACAUCAAGCCUGAUCAUUAUGUUAGUGUCCCUGUUUAUUUUAGACCUCAAAAAAUGGGGAUGUUUUCAGGCCAACUUAAAUUGGUUGUGCUGGAGGAGCAGAAAGCAAUCUCGGUUCAGUUGUAUGGGAGAGCAGUGUGAUGAAAUGUGUCAUUGUAUAUUUAACCAAGGGAAUUAAUUAUAAUUUCUCCGGUUUCCAUAUAAUACAGUAUUUUGACUGUUGAUGAACUCGAAAUAUACCUGCCCUAAUUACUAGGGAAACGGUAACCCAAUCUGUUGACUUGUAAUCGGAGGAAGUUUUUCUGCUAGUGUGUUUUCUUCAAUUUCUAAAUUAAUGGUUUACAAAUAUUGGUGCAAGCUUUGGCGGAUGUCUUUGUUAUGCAGUGUGCAAACUUUCAUUACUGUGAACUGAACAGUGGUAGUUUUAUGAAUUAAUGGUAUUUUAUACUUUUAGAGUAUAUUUUUUCUUUGAAUCCAUUUAUGGUAUUGAUUUGGUACUGUAAAAUAUAGCUUGUACAUUUUCAGCUACAGUUCAUGAAAGUUUAUGUAACUAAUUAAAUUUUGGGACUAGUAUCCCAGUAAUGCUCUUAACUAAAUCACUUAAAAUGUUUAUACACCUCAAAGUAAUGUGUAAAUUUACAUCAGGUCAUUUUUGAGUAAUUUUAUGAAUUAUUGAUUUUGUUUUAUAAGAGGGCAAAUUAUCUUAAAAAUCCACUUAAAUAUGAAAUGAAGCAUUAUAUUGAAAUUGUGCAGUUUAUGUGGGUUUCUAGCCUUUUAAAGUACAGCAGGUGUAUAGUAUACAGUAUAAGGAAACUAUUAAGACUGGGCAAUUUGACACCAUGGUGACUGUAAUAACUUAUAAUGCUUUCAUAUGUGCCUGAUUGUAGGUCUUGCUUUCUGUGUGUCCCUUCGAGCAACUUGCCUCUAAAUAAGAUUGUUUGGCAUUGUUUGUCUUUUUGCCCCUAGUAUUGGCAUCCUGAGUGAUAUUUAGGACUUUUGAAUGUCCCGUGACACAGAGGCUAUUGUCUUCCAGGGUUCGUGCCUUCAUUUGAUAAAUAUUUACUUGAAUGUUCCUAAAUCCAGUGCCUAACCUGAGGCUGAGCUACUGCCAUAAUAAUAAUGAUGAUGAUAAUAAAUACCCUUGAAAGGAAGCUUGGUAUGCAAGUGUAGCACUGACAAAUAGUGGUGGAACUUUGAACAGUUGUUGUUACAAAAAUGAACUUGCACAUUAUGUACUUAAACACACUUAUGUUGCGUACAUGGCAAGGGUCGUUAAGUGCUGGGUGAGGGAUGGGGAGGGUGGUGUAUUUAUAAGGCUAUUUCAUAAUGUUUGUAUAGUGAGACAUGAUGACAUGAAAGACCUUUGUCACCCCCACCCCCAUCCUGUUUAUUCUCUCAUGGUAUAUCUGUAAAUAAAUAAUUUCCUAACUAGCUGUGAUAAUUUUAAUGCUUAUGUGGAAAAUAAGUAAGUGUAACUGGACACUUCACAUAUUAACUGUAUUUAAUAUUUAUUAAAUGUUAAUAAUUAAGAAUUUGUGAGAAACUGAAAAAGAUUAAUGUCUUUAAGCCUGAUGGUCAUGUUUUCUAAUUUGUGGAAUGUUAGCAAUACUGUAAUAGUUUUCCCUGGCUUGGUGCCUUCCUUUGAUAAUGUCAUACAUGCUUGCCCUCCAAAAUAGCAGAAGAGACAUUACAGUGUUUUGUGGAAGAGGCUGUAUAGAUCACUUUCACAACAAAAAAAGAUUUGUUUAAAAAUAAGUUUUAGAUGUUUUUAAAGUACAGUAUUGUAUUUUUCAGAUGAGAAAUUCAUGGAAGUGUGCUGGUUAUGUUUGCUGGAGAGCAAAGGUAAUACAGGGUUAUUGUUGAAACUAACUUAGAGUAGAUAGGCAAGACUGUACCACUAUGUCAUAUUAUAUUUUAGUAAUGAACAAUGCCAUUUACAUACUGAGGAUGUGUAUUAUUCCACAUUUUUUUGUGUAUCUUACAGUAGCUUAUGUAUAUUCAUCAUGUAUCCCUGACUAAAUUGUGAGGUAAUAUUGUUAAAGAUGAUCUUGUCAUGGUUGCCUGGAAGCCAGUACUACAUAAUAAUAGUAUCAAGCUUACAUGGUGUGGCAUUAAUAACUUAUUAAUUCCAUAGUGUUGUAUUAUAUCAUUAGCCCCUUAAACUGCUAAGAGAUGUGCAAGACCUGCAUCCAGGUGUGCAUGGAAAAAAAGGUAUGAAAAACCCACAAGAAUCACAUAUAAUGAUAUGAACACGAGAGGAAGUCACAAAUAGCAAUUGGAGCAGCGCAAGGGUUAAUGCAUGUUGUCAGUUGCUGGUAUCGUUAAUAGUUUUUUCCCGUUCCAGAUUAAUUACUUCAUCGUUAAUAUUCAUUUAGAUAAUAUAUUAAUUUUUCAUGGCCAAAACCAACCAGUAGAAUUAUUUGUUAAAGUUUUCAACAUUAUUUUUAUUUUUUGACACUUGAAUAAUGUGGCAAAUUUAAAGUGUUUGAAGCGGAUUCUGAAUGCCGAUGUGAUUUGAGGUCUUUGAUAUUGGGGUAGUGUUUAAAUAGUGUCUCAAAGAAUAAAACUUUUGCUAUUUUAAAUCUUGCUUGAAUUUAUAAUUAGCUUGCAGGUGGUUUGAGAAUUGUUAAGAAAGGCAUAACCCUCAAGGCUUCAGUACUAUUAUUAGUUCACUAACUUUGUUAUGGAUUUAAUAGUCUUUAAUGCUCGCCUGCCUUUAAGAAUCAUGUACUUUAUAUUUUAAAAUUGGAUAAAAAUGGAUAAUUAG